UUUGAUGGAUUUUGAGUAUUUGGGGUUGAGUGGCAUAAAAGUAAUAUUGGAAGAAAGCAGUGUCAAAUGUAUAACGGCAGCGCUCUAAAACCCCAAAUCGUGGUCUCCACAAACCCUCUUUAGCUUCCUCCUCUUCUCUUCUCUUCUCUUCUCCGUUUACCAUUUCCUCAUUCCGCUCUGCGCCGCCAUGUCAGUGCUCACGCGCCGCCUUGGUGCACUGGCUGCGCGCCUCUCCUCUCCCUUGCGCCGAGGCUACGGAUCAGCUGCCGCUCAGCUCGAUUACGAUUAUUACUAUUCUUACGAUGCUGAGGAGGAGCCGGAGGCGCACCGCCGAGGAAUGGAGGAAUCGGACGGCUGGGAGACUCCGGGGAGAGGUGUGCAAUGGGUGAUCAUGGGCGAUCCUUUGGUCCGUCGACAUGUCUACGCCCACCGCCUCUCCAAGCUUCUGGAGGUGCCUCACAUCUCCAUGGGAUCCCUCGUUCGACAGGAGCUCAACCCUACUUCCCCUCUAUAUAAAAAGAUUGCUGAUGCAGUGAACCAAGGAAAGUUAGUUCCAGAAGAUGUAAUAUUUGGGCUUUUAUCCAAGAGGCUAGAGGAAGGGUAUUGCAGGGGUGAAACCGGCUUCAUUUUGGAUGGAAUUCCUCGAACCGCGAUUCAAGCCGAGAUAUUGGAUGAAAUUGCAGACAUAGAUUUGGUACUGAAUCUCAAGUGCAAGGACGGUAUUGUGGUAAAGAAAACAAAUUUAGAGAGUGGAAUAUAUUCUCCUUGCCAAGAAUUAAAUCCCAUGGCUAGUUUGAGUGCCAAGUCUGACGCCAUGUUGAAGGAGAAACUUGGUAGUAUGUAUACGGAGCAGAUGAAGGGUCUAGAAGAAUACUACAAGCAACAGAAGAAGCUUGUGAACUUCCAAGUGGCAGGUGCACCAGGAGAUACGUGGGAAGGCCUUUUGGCUGCAUUGCAGCUGCAGCACAUGACUGCCAAUUCUUCUCACAAGUUGACUGCCUAAUUUUGCCCCUUUCUCUCACUGCUCCUUAUUAUCUUUGAUAUUUUUUUGUAGAUCAUAUCAUGCAAUUUUGUGAUAGGAAUGCUUUUUGCUUUUUGUCCUUUUUUUUUUCCCUUCUUUUUGCGUAUGUGCUUUCAAAGACACAUAUUACUAUUAUUAUAGCUAAAUGAGUGUAAACCUUGUCCGGCAUUAUACAUGAUGAUAUUUUGAUCUGGUGAA